AUGUCAAUUAAAACAGAGGCCUCGAACUACAAGCCCCCUGAUCCGUCAUUUCCUGGUUCAAUUACUUUAACGUUUGCGCAAAAAAUUAAAGGAACUAACGAGACAAUUAACACAGCUGAAAAUAGAAAAUCUUUCAGAAAAAAGCUUGAAGAAGCAUUUAAAGGAUCGAACGGAGUUAAAGGGAUUCCAGGUUUUAAGAGUGUCGAAGUAAUCAGAAUCAUAUUAGUUUUGGGUGGUAAUCGUCGUAAAAGAGAAGCUAGUAAAUCUAAUAAAGUACAAGCAGAGUACAUUGUCCACAUUCGGAAAAAUGAAAAGGAGACAACAGAUGCUGAAAAGCUAACAACAGCUUUGCAAACAACUUUUUCGUUAUAUAUGAAAUCCAACAAAUCAUUAACAAUUGAAAUUGGCAAUGAAAAGGUACAAGUAUCAGGAGCAGAUCUUCAAGUAUAUGAUGUUGAAGAAAAUGGAUUGUGCAUGAUACCAAAUCGAACAGACUGCGAUACAAAAAGUACAUUUUGCAACAACACGUUUGGUGGUUUUGAAUGUGUCUGUAAACCUGGUUACAAACCUUUCCUACGAUUCAAGAAGUCUUGUGAAGGUAUCGAGUAA